AUGGAAUUGCAAUCACUGCCCUCGUCCCUUCAGGGUGCGCUACAUUCGGCUACACGCAGCCUCCAUGCCCAGCUCAACAAGACCAUUAUGACUCGAUUCCCUCUAUGCCUACCACCCCACGCUACAGACCCUAUGGCCUACCAUCUGGGCAUGCUAGUGUUCAGCCAGAUCUUCAAGCAAUUCGAGCGUAGUAUCGACCUUGUCCUCGCAGAAUUCGCUCAGUCUCGGACCAGCUUGCUCAAAGACGACUGUCGAGCACGGCAUAUACGCGUUGUGAAGAGACAGUAUACCAAAGAGUUACUCCGAAGCCAAAACACUCAGCAUGAUCAAGAGUUCCUCAGUCGCAGGCUAAAACGUACAGAAUCUACAAACGAACUGCUCGGGCAGCUAGAAGAGAAACUGAAUACACAAGCAGAAUCGCAUGCAGGGUACAUCGGAUCUCAUAUUCAGGAAAAGCCGUACCUGGCUCUGGCUUAUACAUGGACAAUGUACCUUGCUCUUUUCAAUGGUGGCCGCUACUUACAGAAACUACUCGCAGCUGCGGGUCCCAAAUUCUGGCGUGAAUCAUCGCGUUUCGACUCUACGAACCAGUCCUCGGAGUGUGAAGUGACGACCGCAUACUCAGCACUGUCAUUCUGGCACUUCGAUGAAGCGACCGAGGACGAUCCGCAGGCCGAACAACUGAAACAAAAAUUCAAGCGCAAUUUCGACGAAGCCAGUCUUCUCCUAACUGCGGCGGAGAUCGAGGAGGUCGUUCAGGAAGCCAGGUCAGUAUUCGAGUUGUGCUUAAGGUUGAUACAAAUGUUGGACGAAGCAAUGUUGGAGAUGGAACAAAUACAAAACCAACCAGAAGAUACAGUAGCAUAUGCCAGACCACUACAAAGUGGUGUCUUGGAAAAGCUAUGGCAAGGUCUAAGUCGUUCGAUUGUGGGACCUGCUUGCGAUUUUGCUGGUUGGCACUGGACAAUAUCAGCGGGUAGUGAAGUCAAAGUCGCUGAAUGA